AUGUACAGAUUACGCCUGAGAAUCAGUCAGAAACAAGGCAGCCCCCAUCCACCGCCGGGGAGCGAGCGCGGUGCCGCUGCCCCGACAGAGCCACCUCACCCCUGCGCGCACCGGGGAUGCGGCUUUUCACCUGAGCGGCCCCCGGGCGCUCCCGCGACGCCAGCGCGGAGCCGGAGCCAAGCGCCGCGCCGGGGCGUCCCGCGGGGGCGGGCGGCGGCCCCCGGCAGAGAGCGCGCCCCGCCUUUCCCCACCGCCGCGCCCCGCGGACAGCCGCGCACACCAACCGCCCCCGCCCCGCCUCGCCUCAGCCGGGGACGGGGAGCAGCGGGCGGGCAGAGCCGCGCGCCGCGCCGACCCACCCCGUCCGCUCGCUCGCUCCCUCGCUCGGGCGCGCCGCAACCGCGGGCGAAGGAGACCCCCUGUAGGCGCGAGGAGAGCUGGUGCCUCAGCCCCGGGCACGGCUACGGACGCGGCAUCUCCGCCGGGCGACGGCGCCAGCUCCCCUCGCAGGCGCCGCGGCAGCGGGUUGCCCGCAGCGGCGGAGCGCCCGCGCACCGGCAACACGCGCCGCCUGGGAGCCGCGCUCCCGCCGGCACCGUCCUCCCGCCGGGCUCCGCCGCCUGGCAGCACACACGCGUAGACGCACGUACACACCCAGCGGCAUCCACGGAGCAGCCCCUCGGAGAGCGCCCGGUGGCUUCCCGCUCACGGCGGGGCAGGGCGACCUCCCCCCCUCCCCGCCUUCGCCGCCCCGGCCCCCCGCGAGAGGCGAAGUUCGGGCGCCCGCGGCGCCGCUCCCGCCUCCCCAGCAAACUUACCGAGCGCGGCCACCGGCUGAACUUUCAGCAGCGCCCCGGCUCAGCCCCGCCGACGGCUUCUCCCAUCGCUUCUAGGUGCGGUGCCCGCGCCCCGCUCCCCGGCGGCUGCGGCGCGGGCGAAUAUAAAUCCACAUUGCCGGCGCCUGGCGGCUCCCCCGCAGCCCGCCCCGGCCCCUCCGCCCCGCUGAGGGGACGGCGCCGGUUCCUGCUGCCGCGGCUCGACCCGCAGCUAACGGCGGCGGCGCGUCAGGCUGUGAGAAGCCAAGGCGCGAGGGGAAGCGGGGCCGGGCUCGGCGUAGCCCCGCCGCCGCUGCGGCUGCUGCCGCCGCUCCUCUCCGGCGGGUGUAGUAUCAGCGGCGCCGCUCGCUCUCAGGCUCCUUCGCUGUUAAUGAGCAUGCCCGGGAGAUCUGCGCAGGCGCGUUACCGACCGCCGCGCCUCAAGUCGCCUCGCACCGACCGCCGCGGCGGGCUGUGA